UAGCAUUAUUUACAUGUUUUGUGAUGGCACUUUUGCUGGAUCAGCAGUUUGCGCCGCUGCCAGACACCAACGAGAUCGCCACGAAAACAUUUCUGGAGUCAGUUUCUCAUCUGCCACAUUUUUUUGAUUGCCUGGGUUCCAAGGUUUUUGCACCAAUUAAGGCUGACAUAAAUGGAAACAUCACAAAAAUUAAAGCUGUCUAUGACUCGGAUCCAGUGAAGUAUGAGACUCUUCAGCAGAUACUGUUAAUUGAGAAAAGCAUCUAUGGCUCAGAGUGGCCUAAAGUUGGAGCCACGCUGGCGCUUAUGUGGUUAAAGAGAGGUCUGCGGUUCAUUCAGAUUUUACUGCAAAGUCUAGUGGAUGGGGAGAGAGAUGAGGACAAUCCCAAUCUUAUCCGCAUCAAUAUCACUAAAGCUUAUGACCAAGCCCUCAAGAGGUAUCACGGCUGGAUUGUCCAGAAAGUUUUCAAGGCUGCCCAGUAUGCUGCACCAUGCAGGUCAGAUUUCCUUAAAGCUUUAUCCAAGGAUCAAGAAGUUGCAGAGGAGGAAUGCUUAACAAAAGUUCGCCAGUUCUUGAUAAACUUCACUGCAACUGUAGAUGCCAUUUAUGAAAUGUAUUCCGUAAUGAAUGCUGAACUGGACUACUUAGUUUGAAACAUCCUAAAGA